AACGACGACAACUAGGGUAUGAUCCAUACGAAAGUUUGAAAAAUGAAGAACUACGUCUUGCUAUUGAUCAAAUACGUGAUGGAUAUUUUUCACCAGAUGAUCGAUCACGAUUUCAUGAUAUUGUUGGUGCAUUAUUAAUUGGUGGAGAUCAUUGGAUGGUAUUAGGUGAUUAUCAAGCUUAUAUUGAUAAACAAUGUGAAGUAUCCCGAGAUUUUCUUAAUCCUCAAAUAUGGUACUCAAAAUGUAUUCAUAAUAUUGCAGCAGCUGCUAAAUUUUGA